CGCCAUCUGCGAGCGCGCCGAUAAAAACUGCCGGCGGGCCCGCGCGCCACCGCACUUCUAGUCCGGACCUGAGGCUUCCCGCAGUGCAGCCCGAUCCAAACUUCUCUUCUCGCUGACGACAUGACGGACCUGAGCGCCAGGGAUAUUGAACGGGCGAACUUCGCCUUCUCCGUCUACGACUUCGACGGAAGCGGCACCGUCGACGCCAUCUACCUGGGCGACCUGCUGCGCGCCCUCAACCUCAACCCCACCCUGGCCAUCGUCGAGAAGAUGGGUGGCACCAAGAAGAAGAACGAGAAGAAGCUGAAGAUCGAAGACUUCUUGCCCAUCUACUCGCAGGUGAAGAAGGAGAAGGAGGUGGGAUCGUACGAGGACUUCCUGGAGUGUCUCAAGCUGUACGACAAGGCGGAGGACGGCAAGAUGCUGUCGGCCGAGCUGUCUCACACACUGCUGUCGCUCGGUGAGAGACUGACAGAUGAAGAGUGUGAGUCCAUCCUGAAGGAGUGCCUCGACCCUGAGGAUGAGGACGGUUUUGUUCCCUAUGCUCCUUUCCUGAAGCGCCUCAUCGCAGGACCACCAGAGGAGAAGCCGGCCGAGGCCAAGUAGAUCGCAGGCGGCGCACACGUAGCGGGCCCGGCGAGCUCCACGCGACAACCUCCAGCACCCACUGCACCAGUGAUGGCUACAGAAACGGCGGUGCUCGCCCGACUCGGCCGGGUGUCCUCUGCGCCGGGAGUGCCGACUGGCCCGGGCGGAGGCGACGGGACAGCAAAUCCGGAGGAAACUGCCAAAGAAGUGUGGACUAGAAGUCGACAAAAGUGACCGUCGUACAACAGAUAAACUGUCGAGUCAAAUAAACUGGUGUGGUCCUGCUCUUUUUUUUUUUUUUGUACAUCACUGCCUUCAAAAUUAUUGCUCUUUUGCCGGAAAACAAACUGUAAUCUGGAACACAGGAUAAGGAAAAUUGCAAUAAAGUAUGAAAUAACAGCUGUCUCUUGUA